AUGGUGAUGAAACCAAAAUUGAGGAAUCCACCAUUAUCUACAAUUUUGACUGGUCAACGACUUCCCUUGGCCCUAUGGACUCAUGUAGGAAAAUCAGUUAAAGAAGCUUUAGACAUGCCUGAUUAUCAACUUUCACAACUUGAAACUGUAAAGACAACAGGAAAAGGCUUCUUUGUAAAAGAACAAUACGUUGAAAGAGCACGCUAUGGAUAUAAACUAGAAGAGUACUAUAACUAUACAUUUAGUCCUAUUUUCAAAUCAAAUGGCUCAGUCCAUGGUAUAAUUAAUUUAGUACAAGAUGUUACUCAGAAAGUUUUGAGUGCUCGAAGGUUUAAAACAAUUAGCGAAUUUGGACGUUGGACUUCUGAAAUUAAGUCAUUAGACAGUGCCUGCAAGGUUAUAACAAAAGUAUUAAGCGAUAACAAUGCAGAUAUUACUUAUGCAUUAAUUUAUUUUAUCAACCAUAAAUUGAAUGUUGGUUAUGAAUCUUUGAUUGCUCGUCUGGUUGCUACGACCUUUGAUAAAGAUAGUAUUAAAGCAAGGCGUUUUCCUGAUUAUUUUCCAGAAACCCAUGAAAUAAUUGACUUAUCUAAGGAAACCGAUAAGAUCUACGAAACAUAC